GUGACGGAUGCUCAAAAGUUCAGAAGUUUUCCCAAUGCUUCCUUAAGCGGCCGGCGCGCGAGAGACUGAAAAAAAGGUGACGCGGGGCCCGGGAAGGCGGCCGGCGCGCUGCCCCCCGCCCCUGGUAUUUGGCCGCCUUCGCCGGCGGCUCAGGGCAGAGUCUCCUGGAAGGCGCAGGCAGUGUGGCGAGAAGGGCGCCUUCUUGUUUUUAUAGUUUUGACUGUUCUGCCGUUUUCGCCUGGAAGUUGCUCCGCGGGUUCCUCCAAGGCCGUUUGCCGCGUCCACGUCCGGCCCUCUUCCCUAGCACGGACCCCGAAGUGGCCCGAGGCGCCCCAAGAGCUCGAUCAAGCGCAGGCAGAGGCCGCGCGCGGCCGGCGGCUUCGGGAGGCGGCGGCGGCCGAGCCCGACUCAGCGCGGCGGCCCGGCACCAGCUCUGUGGGGCCCGGACUCGGACUGGGCAGCCGGCGCGGCGUGGCCGGCCUAGGGAGGGUGGGGGGCGGCGGGAGGCGCGGGGCGGCGGCGGCGAGCGGGGGCCAUGCAGGCGCGCUACUCCGUGUCCAGCCCCAACUCCCUGGGAGUGGUGCCCUACCUUGGCGGAGAGCAGAGCUACUACCGCGCCGCGGCGGCGGCGGCCGGGGGCGGCUACACAGCCAUGCCGGCCCCCAUGAGCGUGUACUCGCACCCGGCGCACGCCGAGCAGUACCCGGGCGGCAUGGCCCGCGCUUAUGGGCCCUACACGCCGCAGCCACAGCCCAAGGACAUGGUGAAGCCACCCUAUAGCUACAUCGCGCUCAUCACCAUGGCUAUCCAGAACGCCCCGGACAAGAAGAUCACCCUCAACGGCAUCUACCAGUUCAUCAUGGACCGCUUCCCUUUCUAUCGGGACAAUAAACAAGGCUGGCAGAACAGCAUUCGUCACAACCUCUCCCUGAACGAGUGCUUCGUCAAGGUGCCCCGCGACGACAAGAAACCCGGCAAGGGCAGCUACUGGACGCUGGACCCGGACUCGUACAACAUGUUCGAGAACGGCAGCUUCCUCCGGCGACGGCGGCGCUUCAAGAAGAAGGACGCGGUGAAGGACAAGGAGGAGAAGGACCGGCUGCACCUCAAGGAGCCGCCGCCGCCGCAGCCGGGUCGCCAGCCCCCGCCCGCGCCGCCGGAGCAGGCCGACGGCGCCGCGCCCGGACCGCAGCCGCCGCCAGUGCGCAUUCAGGACAUCAAAACCGAGAACGGUACGUGCCCCUCGCCGCCCCAGCCCCUGUCCCCAGCCGCCGCCCUGGGCAGCGGCAGCGCCGCCGCGGUGCCCAAAAUCGAAAGCCCCGACAGCAGUAGCAGCAGCCUGUCGAGUGGGAGCAGCCCCCCGGGCAGCCUGCCUUCCGCGCGGCCACUGAGCCUGGACGGCGCGGAGCCCGCGCAGCCGCCGCCGCCCGCCCAGCCCGCGCCGCCUCCGCCGCACCACAGUCAGGGCUUCAGCGUGGACAACAUCAUGACAUCGCUUCGGGGGUCGCCGCAGGGUGCGGCCGCGGAGCUCAGCUCAGGCCUCCUGGCCUCGGCAGCCGGGUCCUCGCGCUCCGGCAUCGCACCCCCGCUGGCGCUUGGCGCCUACUCGCCUGGCCAGAGCUCUCUCUACAGCUCCCCCUGCAGCCAGAGCUCCAGCGCCGGCAGCUCUGGCGGGGGCAGCGGCGGAGGGGGCGGCGGCGGCGGCGGCGCGGCGGGCGCCGGAACCUACCACUGCAACCUGCAGGCCAUGAGCCUGUACGCGGCCGGAGAGCGCGGCGGCCACUUGCAGGGCGCGCCGGGGGGCGCGGGCGGCUCGGCGGUGGACGACCCCCUGCCCGACUACUCUCUGCCCCCAGUCACCAGCAGCAGCUCCUCGUCCCUGAGUCACGGCGGCGGGGGCCAGGAGACCGGCCACCACCCUGCGGCCCACCAAGGCCGCCUCACCUCGUGGUACCUGAACCAGGCGGGCGGAGACCUGGGCCACUUGGCGAGCGCGGCGGCGGCGGCGGCGGCCGCGGGCUAUCCGGGCCAGCAGCAGAACUUCCACUCUGUGCGGGAGAUGUUCGAGUCACAGAGGAUCGGCUUGAACAACUCUCCGGUGAACGGGAAUAGUAGCUGUCAGAUGGCCUUCCCUUCCAGCCAGUCUCUGUACCGCACGUCCGGGGCUUUCGUCUACGACUGUAGCAAGUUUUGACACCCCCGAACCCCCCUCCAGAGUCGGACUGAAUGGAACCCUAAAGCAGGAACAGCCAAAAGAACCAUCAAUGCAAAAUCGAAACCAAAAAAAAGAAGAAAAAGAAAUCCAAUUAAAAACAAAAAACAAAAAAACCUUGAAAAACAUUCACCAAACCAGCGAACAGAAUCCCUCCAAAAAUUCAACUCACCAGCACAAAGAAAAUUAUUUUCUUAAAAGAUUCAGAGCCACCUUCACUUUGCCUUAUCUAAAUAAACAAAACAGUAAACUAUUUUGUACAGAGACAGCAAAAUCAUGGUUUAUUAAAGGACAGUGUUACUCCAGAUAACACGUAAGUUUCUUCUUGCUUUUCAGAGAUCACGCUUUUCUCCCUUCUCUCCCAUUUCCCUGCCCUUCUUUUUCCUCCACCUCUCACCUGUAAGAUAUUUUAUCCUAUGUUGAAAGGAGGGGGAAAGUCCCCAUAUAUGAAAAUCGCUUUCUUUUUAUUCAUGGACUUGUUUUAAAAUGUAAAUUGCAACAUAGUAAUUUAUUUUUAAUUUGUAGUUGGAUGUCGUGGACCAAACGCCAGAAAGUGUUUCCAAAACCUGACGUUAAAUUGCCUGAAACUUUAAAUUGUGCUUUUUUUUUUCAUUAUAAAAAGGGAAACUGUAUUAAUCUUAUUCUAUCAUCUUUUUUUCCUUUUUGUUGAACAUAUUCAUUGUUUGUUUAUUAAUAAAUUACCAUUCAGUUUGAAUGAGAACUAUAUGUCUGGAUACUUUAAUACAGCCGUAAUUAUUAUAAGAAAAAAGAUUUCAGAUUGAAAGACUAGAAAUGACCUAUUCUCCAAAAAGCUGAAAAAUGGAGGAACCCUGUGACUAUUCCUUGUCAAACUUCACAUGAAAGUCUCUUUUUGUUUAGAUUUUUUUUCCUGCAGCAUCUUCUGCAAAAUGUACUAUAUAGUCAGCUUGCUUUGUGGCUA